GUUUAGUUCUCUCUAAGCUCCCAAGUCGAUCGGAUCAUAGAAAUGCUAAAUAUUGCAGUUAUUGGAGCGGGGGUUAAUGGGGUUGCCAGUGCCAUUAAGAUACUGGAACACUAUCUAAAGGAGGGUAAGACUGCGAUACGGGUGACGAUUAUAUCGGAAGAGUUUACACCGAAAACCACCGGCGAUGGAUCGGCGGGUCUCUGGGGUCCCUACCUACUGGGUGGUACUCCCCAAUCCAAAGUCUACAAAUGGUCGAAGAGUAUGCACCAAUUCCUGGAGCAGAUAUGGCUUAGUGAAGAUGCCGGUGAAGCUGGAGUCUGUUUGAUACCCUGUAUCCGAUUGAAUACCUCAACUGUCGAGCCUGUGGAAGACUUUUGGCGAGACAUUGUCUAUGGAGCCGUAAACCUGUCAGAGGAUCAACUAGCUGCCUUUAACAAAGGACGGAGUGUGAAGUUUACGUCAGGUCUAUCUUUUGUCACCUAUACCUCCGAGCCUGUCAAGCUUCUGCCCUAUUUGAUGAAAAGAUUUACCCGUAAAGGUGGCUUAAUUGUCAGGAAAAAAGUAAUCGACUUGGAUACUUUUAUCUCGGAAUCCGAAUACGAUGUUAUAAUCAAUUGUUCGGGUUUGGGCUCCCGACAACUUCUGGGUGACAACGAAAUGUAUCCAGUUCGUGGCCAAGUAUCCCGUGUGAAGGCUAACUGGAUCUUUUCCGCCGUACUGGACGAAAGCGAUGAUGGAAACUAUAUAAUUCCAAAUACUGAGAGUGUAGUCCUGGGCGGAACUCAUCAGGAGGGAGACUACAAUGAGCAGGUCUGUCCUCGGGACAAGAAAACCAUUGUGGAUGGAUGUCGGCGCUAUAUUCCGGGUCUGGAACACACGGAGAGCCUCUUCGAUUGGGUGGGUCUACGGCCAGGACGCGGGCAGCUCCGGCUCGAGGCAGAGCGACGUGGACGGAAGCUGGUUGUCCACAACUAUGGACAUGGUGGCAGCGGAGUCACUCUUUGCUGGGGCUGUGCCGACGAUGUUCUUGAUCUCAUACUGGCAGCCAAGGUUUCUUCGAAACUAUAAGAGUUUUAAAUACCUUAAAUUGCAAAUAAUAAUAUAAAGUUUAAAAA